UGUGUGUGAACACUUUAACCUCCUGGACGACACGCACACACACUGCUCGGAGGGUUUCAGUCCGUCAGCCGCGUUUCUGUUUCUGCGGCGUAGAAGUUUAACUUCUCUAGAAACUUCCCCGGAGGUUUUUCCAGAUCGGGUCCAGGCUGGAGGAAGAACCCGGCAGUGAGGGAGUCUGAGCCCGCAGGUCCAAUGUGAAGACCUGCGUCUGCUCCUCUCUGGACUUUGUGGACAGGAGCAGGAAACGGGGCUUUUCUUGUGAAGUUCCCCCAGCAGGAGAGAGUCUGAGGUCUGGUUCUGUUGGAGUCUGAAUCAGCUGCAGGAUGUCGGACUCUGCCUCCAGUUUCCUGCAUAUCGGGGAUAUCGUGUCCCUGUACGCGGAGGGAUCCGUGAACGGCUUCAUCAGCACCCUGGGGUUGGUAGAUGACCGAUGUGUGGUCGAACCGGCCGCUGGAGAUCUGGAGAAUCCCCCGAAGAAGUUCAGAGACUGUCUGUUCAAAGUUUGUCCUAUGAGCCGCUACUCGGCUCAGAAACAGUUCUGGAAAGCCAAACAAGCCAAACAUGAGAAAGACAAGAUCGCUGACGUGGUCCUGCUGCAGAAACUACAGCAUGCGUCGAACCUGGAGCAGAAACAGAACGAAACAGAAAACAAGAAAGUCCACGGAGACGUCGUCAAAUAUGGCACCGUCAUACAGUUACUCCACAUGAAGAGUAAUAAAUAUCUGACGGUGAACAAACGCCUGCCGGCGCUGCUGGAGAAGAACGCCAUGCGGGUCACUCUGGACGGGACGGGGAACGAAGGUUCCUGGCUCUUCAUACAGCCCUUCUGGAAGCUCCGCGCCAAUGGAGACAACGUCGUUGUAGGAGACAAAGUGAUCCUGAACCCGGUGAACGCCGGACAGCCGCUCCACGCCUCCAACUAUGAACUGACUGACCACCCGGGCUGCAAAGAGGUGAACUCUGUGAACUGCAACACCAGCUGGAAGAUCAACCUAUUCAUGAUGUUCAGCGACCACAGAGAGGAAGUCCUCAAAGGAGGCGACGUCGUUCGUCUGUUCCACGCUGAGCAGGAAAAGUUUCUCACCUGUGACGAGUACAAGAGCAAAAUCCACGUUUUCCUCCGAACCACGCUGAGACAGUCUGCAACGUCGGCCACCAGCUCUAAUGCCCUGUGGGAGGUCGAGGUUGUCCACCACGACCCAUGCCGUGGGGGGGCAGGCCACUGGAACAGCCUUUAUCGAUUCAAACACCUGGCCACAGGACAGUACCUCGCUGCUGAGGAGAACCCGGGUUAUAAAGGAGACAACGCUGAGCCUCCUCCUGCUGUGGAUGGUAGUCGUAGCAACAAGCGUUCCCACGGUGAAAGGAUAAAGUAUAAGCUGGUGGCAGUGACUCAUGGGAAUGACAUCGCCUCACUGUUCGAGCUCGACCCGACAACGCUGCAGAAAACGGACUCAUUCGUACCACGAAACUCUUAUGUACGGCUGAGACACCUGUGCACCAACACCUGGAUCCAGAGCACCAAUGUCCCCAUUGAUAUUGAUGAGGAGAGACCCAUCAGACUCAUGUUAGGGACGUGUCCCACCAAAGAGGAUAAGGAGGCGUUCGCCAUCGUCUCAGUUCCUGUGAUGGAGAUCAGAGAUCUGGACUUUGCCAAUGAUGCCAGCGCCAUGCUGAGUGUCGUGGUCGACCAGUUCAACCAAGGCUUCAUCAGCCAGAACGACCGCCGAUUUGCCAUCAAGCUGCUGGAGGACGUAGUUUUCUUCGUAGCUGAUGUCAUUAACAGUGGUCAGCCGGUCUUGGACGUAGUCAUGACCAAAGCCAACCGUGAGAGACAGAAGCUGAUGAGAGAGCAGAACAUCCUCAAACAGAUCUUUGGCAUCCUGAAGGCUCCCUUUAAAGACCGGGGAGGGGAGGGACCUCUGCUGCGACUGGAGGAGCUGGCAGACCAGAAGAACACUCCCUAUCAGUACAUGUUCAGGCUAUGCUACAGAGUCCUCCGACACUCCCAGGAGGACUAUCGUAAGAACCAGGAGCACAUAGCAAAGCAGUUUGGUGUGAUGCAGAGUCAGAUCGGCUAUGACAUCCUGGCUGAGGACACCAUCACUGCCCUGCUGCACAACAACCGAAAACUUCUGGAGAAACACAUCACCAAGACCGAGGUGGAGACCUUCGUCAGCCUGGUCCGCAAGAACAGGGAGCCCAGGUUUCUGGACUACCUGUCAGAUCUGUGUGUGUCCAACAAUGUAGCCAUCCCUGUCACUCAGGAGCUCAUUUGCAAGUGUGUGCUGGACCCCAAAAACCAGGACAUCCUCAUCAAAACAGAACGCCGGGUCCCCAGGGAAGCGCCACCUGGUGGUGUACCGGGAGAAUACAUGGGGAUGGAUGACUAUGGAGAUGAAGAUGAGGUAUGGCUGGUAUGGACGGAUAAAACCAAUGAAAAACAAGAGAAGAGCAUCAGACAGCUAGCCCAGGAAGCAAGACAAGGAAAUGCUCAUGAUGAGAAUGUCCUCACGUACUACAGGUACCAGCUGAAGCUCUUCGCCCGGAUGUGUCUGGACCGUCAGUAUCUCGCCAUAGAUGAGAUUUCAAAGCAGCUGGAUGUAGAGCUCAUCUUCCUGUGUAUGAUGGAUGAGACUCUGCCCUUCGACCUCCGGGCCUCCUUCUGUCGCCUUAUGCUCCACGCCCAUGUAGACCGAGAUCCUCAAGAGCUGGUGACACCUGUCAAGUUUGCACGCCUGUGGACGGAGAUUCCCACCGCAAUCACCAUCAAAGACUAUGACUCCAACAUGGACGACAGCAGAGACAACAAGAAGAACCGCUUCUCCAACACCAUGGUGUUCAUGGAGGAAUAUCUCAACAACGUUCUGAAUGACGAGCUGCCGUUUCACAACGAAGAGAAGAACAAACUCACCUAUGAGGUGGUGAGUUUGGCCAGACAUUUGAUCUACUUUGGUUUCUACAGUUUUUUUGAGCUGCUUAGACUCACCAGAACCCUGCUGGGCAUCAUCGACUGCAGACCCAAUCCUGGAUACUCUGGGCUCUUAUUCCAUGAUGAUGGAUCAGGGAAGAACGUGAAGCGCUCCAUACAUGGGAUGGGUCAGAUGAUGUCCACCAUGGUCCUCAACAGGAAGCAGUCCUUGUUUGGAGGUCCAGGAGCCAGAGGCUCAGGGGUGGGGGCGGGGCUUAUUCUUGAUGGACAGAGAGGCAGUAAAGAUAGUAUUGACCAAACAGACCUGACAGUGAUGGACACCAAGCUGAAGAUUCUGGAAAUAUUACAGUUCAUCCUGAACGUCCGUCUGGACUACCGUCUGUCCUUCCUGCUGUCCGUGUUUAAGAAGGAGUUUGUGGACGUUUAUCCCAUGGCUGACGCCGAUGCCACCACCAAUAUGGAGCAUGCAGCCACCAUCAACCUGCAGCACAUUGGAGAGCAGGCAGAGGCCAUGUUUGGAGUUGGGAAGGGGAACAGUAUCCUGGAGGUGGAUGAUGAAGGCGGUCGUAUGUUCCUGCGGGUGCUGAUACACCUCACCAUGCACGACUAUCCUCCGCUGGUGUCUGGAGCGCUGCAGCUUCUCUUUAGACACUUCAGCCAGAGACAGGAAGUGCUGCACACUUUUAAACAGGUCCAGCUGCUGAUCUCCUCUCAGGAUGUGGAGAACUACAAGCUGAUCAAGUCUGAUCUGGAUCGUCUCCGAACGCUGGUGGAGAAAUCUGAGCUGUGGGUGGAGAAGAAGAGCUCAAGUGGAGGGGACGGGAAGAAGGACAAAAAGGACAAGAAGGAGAAGGUGGAGGUGGCAUCAGAGGAAGUGACGCCCAAGAAAGAGAAACACGACAAAGGCAACGAGAACUACCAGAAAGUCAAAGAGAUCCUGGAGAGGUUGAAUAAAAUGUGUAGCACUGGAGUUUGGAAGAAGCAGCAGAGGUUGCUAAAGAACAUGGGAGCUCAUAAAGUCAUGCUGGACCUGCUGCAGGUGUCCUACGACCAGCACGAUGUGAAGAUGCAGGAGAUCAUUCGCUACACUCAUCUGUUCCUGCAGAAGUUCUGCAUGGGGAACCAGGAGAACCAGUCUCUGCUGCACAAGAACCUCAACCUCUUCCUUAACCCCGGGCUGCUGGAGGCAGAGACGGUGCAGCACAUCUUCAGUAACAACUACCAGCUCUGCUCCGAGAUCUCCGAGAGCGUCCUUGGGCACUUCAUCCACUGUCUGGCUACGCACGGCCGCCACGUCCAGUACCUCAACUUCCUCCACACCAUCAUCAAGGCAGAGGGCAAGUACGUGAAGAAGUGCCAGGACAUGAUCAUGACGGAGUUAACAAACGCCGGAGAGGACGUGGUUGUCUUUUACAACGACAAAGCUUCCUUCAACGCCAUGCUGGAGCUGAUGGCGGAGAGCAGGGAGGGCGUCGGCGAGACCAGCCCGCUCAGGUAUCACAUCUCUCUGGUGGAGCUACUGGCGGCCUGCGCCGAGGGGAAAAACGUUUACACAGAGAUCAAAUGUACGUCACUGCUGCCGCUGGAGGACGUGGUCCGAGUGGUGACGCACGAGGACUGCAUCACUGAGGUGAAAGUGGCGUACGUGAACUUUGUGAAUCACUGCUACGUGGACACCGAGGUGGAGAUGAAGGAGAUCUACACGUCCAAUCACAUCUGGAAGCUGUUUGAAGAUUUCACCGUGGACAUGGCCAGGGUGUGCAACAAACGAGAGAAGCGUCUGUCUGACCCCAUCCUGGAGAAAUACAUCAUCAACGUGGUUUUUGACACCAUCAACGCCUUCUUCAGCUCGCCAUUCUCAGAGAACAGCACGUCUCUUCAGACUCACCACACCAUCAUGACCCAGCUGCUGCAGUCGUCCGUCAGACUCUUGGACUGUCCGUGGCUGCAGCAGCAGCACCGAGGACAAGUGGAGACGUGCAUCAGGACGCUCGCCCUGACGGCUAAGAACCGCUCCAUCGCUCUCCCCCUGGACCUGGAGGCUCAGAUCAGCUCCAUGUUGUCCACGUCGGCUCUGAACUCUCUCUCCCGUUCCAACCCGAACUACAAGUCCUCAUCCCGCUCCUCCAGACCCAUCGCUCCCAGCAACCCCUGGGACUACAAGAACAUCAUUGAGAAACUACAGGACAUCAUCAACACUCUGGAGGAGCGUCUGAAGCCGCUGGUGAAUGCUGAGCUCUCCGUGUUGGUCGAUGUCCUCCAUCAGCCUGAGCUGCUGUUUCCAGAAGGAACAGACGCCCGACAACGCUGUGAGGCCGGAGGAUUCAUCUCUAAGCUAAUCCAGCACACGAAGGCUCUGAUGUCCUCAGAGGAGAAGUUGUGUAUCAAAGUUUUAAGGACUCUGCAGGAGAUGCUGAUCAGGACUCUGGACUUUGAUGAAAAGGGAAUCUCACUGAGGAAGGUUUUGCUGCAGAACUAUCUGUUUCCAAACAAGAAGAACAACCAGAAGAACGACCUGGCAGAGCUCAGUGCUGCAGGCGGGGAGCAGGAGCGAGACUGGGCAGCUGUGGCGGCCGUUCAGUGUCGUCUGGACAGAGAAGGAGGAACGAAGCUGUUCACCGAUCUGGUGAUGAGCACCAAGAAUGACAAGAUCUUCCAGGAGAGCAUCCAGCUCGCCAUCUGUCUGCUGGAGGGAGGAAACACCGAGAUACAGAACUCGUUCUACAAACUGAUGAUGGGUGACAACAAGUCUGAGAAGUUCUUCAAAGUUCUUCACGACAGAAUGAAAGAAGCUCAGACCGACAUUAAAGCUACCGUGUCAGUUAACGUAGGGGAGGUGACGCAGAAAGCCAAUGAGAAGGAGUUGGAAGCAGGUGGCUCUUCAGGUUUAGUACUUCCUGGUUCAGGAGCCCACCCUCUGCUAGUUCAGGGUCAGGGCAUCGCGCCAGCCCAGGGGGCCGCCGCUGUCCUGCCUGCCCAGCAGGCUGAAGAGCAGAGAGAAGUGGAGACAGAGAUGGGACCGGCUGUGAUCAUCAUGAAGCCCAUCCUGAGGUUCCUGCAGCUGCUGUGUGAGAACCACAACCAGGACCUGCAGAACUUUCUCCGCUGUCAGAACAACAAGACUAACUACAACCUGGUGUGUGAGACUCUUCAGUUCCUGGACAUCAUGUGUGGAAGCACAACUGGAGGUCUGGGCCUGCUGGGCCUCUACAUCAACGAAUCAAAUGUCCACCUGAUCUGCCAGACUCUGGAGACCCUCACGGAGUACUGCCAGGGGCCCUGCCAGGAGAACCAGACAUGUAUCGUGACCCAUGAAUCAAACGGCAUCGACAUCAUCACGGCGCUGAUCCUGAACGACAUCAGUCCUCUGUGCCGCUAUCAGAUGGGGAUGGUGCUGCAGCUGAAGGACAACGCCUCCAAGCUGCUGUUGGCUCUGAUGGAGAGUCGCCAUGACAGUGAGAAUGCAGAGAGGAUCCUGUUCAACCUCCGCCCUCGAGAGCUGGUGGAGGUGAUAAAGAAGGCAUACCAGCAGGAGAGCGAAUGUGAGGACGUGGAGGAGGUGGAAGUUUCUCCUCGUGAGGUUGGACAUAACAUCUACAUCCUGGCCCAGCAGCUGGCGAGACACAACAAAGUCCUCCAGAAUCUCCUGAAACCACCGAAGAAGAACAAAGAGGGAGAGGAAGGGAUCUCCUCUAUGUUGAACCUGAACAACCGUCCUCUAUCUCAGAUGUUGAAGUCUUCAGCCCCUGCUGCGGUGGUUGAACAGGAUCCUCUGGAGUACUAUGACCUGCUCACAGCACAGAUAGAGAUCGUGCGUGAGGACCGCAGCAUGGAGCAGAUCGUGUUUCCUGUUCAUCCCAUCUGUGAGUUUCUGACUGAGGAGUCCAAGAUAAGAGUCUUCAACACCACUGAGCAGGACGAGCAGGGGUCAAAAGUCACUCACUUCUUUGAACAGACGUCCUUCCUGCACGGAGAGAUGGAGUGGCAGAAGAAGCUGAGGAGUAUGCCCGUGCUGUACUGGUUCUCCAGGAGGAUGUCUCUGUGGGGAACCAUCUCAUUUAACCUCGCCGUCUUCAUCAACCUCAUCAUCGCCUUCUUCUACCCCUACGACUCAGGACAAGUGGGGGCGAUCGACAACUCCUUGCUGCUGAUGCUGUUCUGGAUCCUGACCGGCCUCUCGGUGUUGGGUUUGUUCUCUCAGCGUUAUGGCCUUCAGCCGCUCACCGUCGCUCUGAUCCUCAGGUCCAUUUAUCACCUGGGCAUCGGGAACACGCUCAUACUGCUGGGCUCACUCAAUCUGAUCAAUAAGGUCGUGUUCGUGGUGAGCUUCGUGGGGAACAACGGCACCUUCAUCAUGGGCUACAAGGCCAUGGUGAUGGACGUGGAGUUCCUGUAUCACCUGGCCUACGUCCUCACCUCCACCCUGGGCCUGUUUGUCCACGAGCUCUUCUACAGCAUCCUGCUGUUUGACCUGAUCUACCGGGAGGAGACUCUUUUCAACGUGAUCAAGAGCGUGACAAGGAACGGGCGCUCCAUCCUGCUGACGGCGCUGCUCGCUCUCAUCCUCGUCUACCUCUUCUCCAUCGUCGGCUUCCUGUGUCUGAAAGAGGAUUUCAUCAUGGAGGUUGACCCGCUACCGCAGAUCGCUGCAGAUCCUCCACAGAGUGAAGCUUCUCAGGACUUCCUGAAUUCGUGCUCUUCAGACGGAGUCAGCUGCACCGCCGAGACACAGGAAGUUGCAGCCACCGAGGAGGAAGAGGAGGACAACUCGGAGCGGGCGUGUGACACUCUCCUGAUGUGCAUCGUCACUGUGCUGAAUCACGGCCUGAGAAACGGAGGAGGAGUUGGAGACGUUCUCCGUAAACCAUCAAAAAAUGAGCCGCUGUUUCCUGCUCGUGUGGUGUACGACUUGUUAUUCUACUUCAUCGUCAUCAUCAUCGUCCUCAACUUGAUCUUUGGCGUCAUCAUCGACACUUUUGCCGACCUGAGGAGCGAGAAACAGAAGAAAGAGGAGAUCCUGAAGACCACGUGUUUCAUCUGCUGUCUGGAGAGAGACAAGUUUGACAACAAGACGGUGUCAUUUGAGGAGCACAUCAAACUGGAGCACAACAUCUGGAACUACCUUUACUUCAUCGUCCUGAUCAGAGAGAAGAACAAGACGGACUACACGGGACCGGAGAGCUACGUCGCUCAGAUGAUCAAAAACAACAACCUGGACUGGUUUCCACGGAUGCAGGCCAUGUCUCUGGUGGUUACCGAUGGCGACGGUGAGCAGAACGAGAUGAGGAUGUUACAGGACAAACUGGCGUCGACGAUGAAGGUGGUGACGACUCUGACCACGCAGCUGACGGAGCUCAAAGAGCAGAUGACAGAGCAGAGGAAGAGGAGGCAGAGGAUGGGAUUCGUUGAUGUGCAGGCUGGAGCCAGCACAGCGCUGCCCCCUAGUGCCGCAGGAGGAAACCACCAGAUCUACAAAACAUAAGGAGAGAACCUGUUAAAUAACUGACAUGUAACUAUCAUGGAUGGACUGACCAGAUCUCCAUCUGUUAGCCAUACAGCUGGACUGAAGGAGGAAAUCAUUCACGUGGUUUUAAGGAAAAACACUAUAAAUGUAGAGCACAUCAGCGUCUCACAACAAACACAGGAGAAGCAGUUUUUUUUGUUUGCUUUUACUCUUAAAUGUCUCCUCUAAAAUGGUCCUGAGAGAGUGAGAUCUGCUUCUGUUCCUGAGGAAAAAUGAUGAUGGUGUCUCUGCUUAGUUCAGUUUGGUUCAUCUUUAGAUAAAUGUUCGCCACGUUUAUGUGAUGAAACCAGAAGCCUUCUGUUUGGUUUUAGUUGCUUAUUUAGACCAGAACAUGGUUUGGGUGCCAGAAAAGUUUUAAAAAUGGGUUUAAAUUGCAAACCUCUGGAAAUGGCGCCAUCUCUGUCAUAGCAUAAAUUGGAAAUAAGAAAUUCCUUUGAAAACAGACUUGCACAUGCUCACUGUAGCAUUUGUAGUCAUUUUUGGGAGCUGUGUGCACAGUGGUAAUUGUUAAAACAGUUCUAUUUUGAAUUCUUGUGUAAAUGUGGCCUUAGACGACGCACUUAAGCAUAAAAACCUUCCCAUGUACAUCAUCAACCACUGGUUUUAAAACAGUGUUUGUGUCUCCAGCAUUUUUAGAGGCUCUAACUCACUAAACAGAACAAUAUUUCUGGUGUUUCAAAGCAGGAUGGAUCCUUCUGGUUGACUUUUUAUAUUACACCUUACUCUGCUGGAGAAAGGUGUCCUUAAUGCUAACAGUAACAGAUAUACAUCAGUGAAAAGUGUUUGCCCCCUUCCUGAUUUUUGCGUAUUUUUCACACUUAAAUGUUUCAGAUCAUCAAACUAAUUAAAAACCUACCUGGUCCUAUGUGAAAAAGUCUUUGCCCCCUGAACCUAAUAACUGGCUGUUCCAUCCUUGGUAGAAACAACUGAAGGCAAGUAUUUGUGAGAACUGUCAAUGAGUCUCUUAUCAAUGUGGAGGAAUGUUGUCCCACUCUUCUUUGCAGAAUUGUUUUAAUUCAGUCACAUUGGAGGGUUUAAGGUCACACCACAGCAUCUUUAGCAUUUUUAGUCCAUUCAGAGGGGGACUUGCUGGUG